AUGGGCAUUAAUUCAGGCGCUUUCCUAAUACCCAACUAUAUAUGUGUGGUAUUCGUGGGAAUACCGAUGUUUUUGCUGGAGGUAUCGCUGGGCCAGUAUCUGAACACCGGCGGGAUUGCCAUCUGGAACUUAGUGCCCAUAUUCAAAGGAAUCGGGUUCGCGUCGAUGACCAUGAUCGGUUUAUGCAACAUAUAUUACAUAAUACUGAUCGCGUGGACACUAUUCUACCUGGUCAGUUCGUUCACGGCGGAACUGCCCUGGAGCAGUUGCAACAACACGUGGAAUACCGACAACUGUAUGUCGUUUAUAGAUAACACAUCGCACGCCGAGGCCGUGUCGCCCGUCAAAGAGUACUGGGAGUAUGUAUUGCCCGACACCACUACCCGCCGCCGACUCCCCCUUCCCCUUAUCGUAAUCCUGACAAAUUUAAGUGAAGCGUUAAGUCCUAUGGAGAAGAGAGGGACGGGUAUAGGAGGGGGCGCUUUCCUAAUACCCAACUAUAUAUGUGUGGUAUUCGUGGGAAUACCGAUGUUUUUGCUGGAGGUAUCGCUCGGCCAGUAUCUGAACACCGGUGGGAUUGCCAUCUGGAACUUAGUGCCCAUAUUCAAAGGAAUCGGGUUCGCGUCGAUGACCAUGAUCGGUUUAUGCAACAUAUAUUACAUAAUACUGAUCGCGUGGACACUAUUCUACCUGGUCAGUUCGUUCACGGCGGAACUGCCCUGGAGC